CACUUUUUUAAAGGGAAGACGAUUUUGCGAAAAUUCGGGAAAGGAUUAUAUUUCCAUUGAUCUUGAUCAGUUGCAUUCUCAUAGCGUUUGUUAAAGAUCGCUUUUUGUACUGUUUCUAAGAAAUCUCAAAGUUGUAUUUAUAGAAACAGAACCGAGGACAUGAAUUUAGGACAUAGACUCUAUUGAUUCAUAUCAUUCCAGUUAUUUUUUUGAUUAACAAUCCCUAUGGAAAAUCUGUGGUCUCUGUUCACUCUUUGAAUUAUUUAUUAAUUGAAUUGCUGUUUUUUUAUUACCACGUGCGAUUACUGGAUUCACUGUUGAACUAUCCUUGUCGGCGUUAUUUUUUGUCACGAUAUUGUUUGUUUUCAGGCGACGAUAACCUUUUCAUUGUAAAAAGUCUCACUUUACGACCUUCCUUUUUCAGCUGUAACAUUCUUUGCUAAAAGUCUAACGAUAUUUCUUCUCCCAGUUUCCUUUCUUUAUAUCGCUCACCGUUUUUGUCUAUAGAAUUUCUUACUGAUCGUUACAACCUUUUGUCUCCAUCUGGUGUUUAUUUUGUUUAUUUGUCUUUAUAUUUAAAGUCGUUCCUUUCUUUUGUAUACUAGCUGUUUUAUCUCCAACCGUUUCUUUUUCUCAUUGUAUAUUAUUUUUGUUUACAAGCAACUGUUUGAUCUGGACCGAGCUUUGUCAUUAUUUUCCCCAUUUUAUUUUCUUUGAAUUACCGUUGUCAUUCACUCAUUGAUUCUUCUAUGUCCUCUCGAUACUCGUGAUGACUGUCCGAUUUUCAUUUGGUAGAAACUCUUUAGAUUCUUCAGUCAGGAAUAAGGAACAAAAAGCUGAAAGUAAAACAAAAAAUUUGAGUUUAUCUCGCUCUUCCUCCAUUCGAACAUCCGAUUCAGAUCAUCGUGUAAACUCGCAAAAGAAUCGUUCAGGUCGUCUGAGAAAGCCAAAGAAGAAUAGAACCGAAACCCCUGUCGCUUCUCCACCAGAUACCAAUUCAACUUCUUUUUUAAAAAAAAAGGGAAUUUUUCAUCCGAAAUCCCGUGCUAAGCAUUCCUUUUACUUAAACCAAGAUUCAUCCUCAGAAAACACCCAAGAGAGUUUGUCUCAAGAGCUCCCCUUGGAUCACCGGGAGUCUGGAAAUGUAUCCCCCUCUAAGAAUAGAGAGCCUGCUUUUCCAAGAAGUGCGUCUGAUGUGGCUUCAAUAUCACCAGUUGCCAAGUCUCCUUUGAACGGAUAUUUUCGUCCCCGUUCGUCGCGUAGUUUCUUUCGCCUUCCAAGGUUUUCAAGGAGAUCUUGGAAUGAUGAUCAACCAAUUGAGCAUAGUAGCCAUUCACUUGGUGAAUUAUCAUUCAUUCAAAAACAGGAAGAACCGAAGAUUAACAAAAGUCAGGAUAUAUCUGUCAACGAUGCAGAAUAUCUGACCCCUCCCUUUCACGAUUCCGUAUCUUCCAAUAAGGAAACAAUUGACCAUGAAAACCCCCCAGUUCUCUCGAAAGUUGUCAGGCGACCGACUACCGAACGCUCUUUGUCAUCCAACUGUCUUGAACGUGAUAUCGCAAAAAGUCCUCUUGACUUUGAUACCAAGGGAGUACAGGAUGAUUCGUCUUCUUCUGUUCAUUCAAUAUCCUUAUCUAAAACACCCCCGGAAGGGAGAAGCCCUGUGAGUUCUCCCGAAUCCCAAAAAAGAAAUCCCAGGGCGAGACCAAGAAGUUCUACUAUACCUUCUCAGCGGACGAUUGAAAAACUUCGAGAAAACCGAUCUAGCCUUUUCAACUUUCGGAGUCUCAAGAGAGAUGGAUAUGAGAGUUUUGCGCACGUACUUGAGCAUUCCAACCUUUUCUCUGAUUUAAAACCAAAUCCUAAUAAAUUCCUUUCUUCCGUACCUAAAUUGGAAGACUCCGAUACCGCUGAGAGUUAUCUCAACAAGCUCCGCGCAACUGUGCCGUAUAGUUGCAUGAUACCUGUAUUGGCCGAAAGAGAAAAUAAAGUUUUGUCUGAAGCUCUUCAUUUAUGUAUGUGUGGAAUGGAUUUUUCUUGUAGACCUCUUGAUUUCUGCUUGCGCCUAUUCUUACUUAAAUCUCAUCUGCCCAAAGAGACACAGCAGAUUGAUAGAGUAAUUACGGCUUUUUCGAAACGUUAUUAUGAAUGUAAUACCGAAAUGUUUAGCUCUCAAGAUCAAUGCUAUAUUUUGGUAUUUUCGUUAAUAAUGCUCCACACAGAUGCCUUCAAUGUUAAUAAUAAACACAAAAUGACAAAACAAGAGUUUAUUAACAUUUGUCAAAUUGAUGAUCUAACGCCUGAAAUUUUUGAAUACUACUACGAUAAUAUUACUUACACUCCAUUUGUUAAUUUGGAUGAUGAACUUUUCCUUCUCGAAAAGGAAAAAACUGAGAAGUUUUACAUUCCUUCUCGUAAGCGGUUGGGUUUAUCACCCUAUACAUUUACUUUAGAAAGCCAACUGAGCAUUUUGCGAAAUGAUGUCCCUAUUUCGUUUAAUAAUAAAUAUGUAACACCAGGCAUGGAGGAUUCGAGGUCCCUAGCAGGGAUUCAGAAAAGAAUUUCGAAAUCUUCUAUUCUGCAAUUGGUGUCGCAUAGGUCUCACCCAAUGGCAUUUUCGAAUCACUUUAUAGGAUUACCAGACAAUUCAGAUCCUGGGUUGGUUGACUUCAAUAUCAGUAUGCUUGGGAUAUUACCGCGAUCUGAGAGAAAACGGAGAGUAUCAGGCCAUUCUUCUUUCAAAGAGCAUCUCAUACUGUUAACUUCAUCAAGAAUGCUCUUCUUCCGUAAUUCAGCUUGGGCUCGCGAUUUAGUAUCACAGCAAGAAGCUUACGAACGUGAAGUAUCAAAAACAAAGAGCUUUAAUAAUAUAACAUUAACUAGCAAUACGACAACCUCAACCAUGAAUGAUUAUAAUCAUCGUACAGAUCUUUCCCCUGAUUCUAAUUCCUUUGACGAGCCUGCUCUUGUGUUUUCUCCGCCGAUCGAGCAAUUGUCACCGGAGACUACUCAUUCGCUUGUUAAUGCCUUUGCUUAUUGCGAUAGAGAAUGUACUGAUAAUUCUCCUCAUGUAUUUUACGUCCUUUUUCGAGAUGGUUGUGUAGAGUCCCUAAGUGCGCCUACUAUGGAGUGCAUGAUGGAAUGGAUUUCAAGGAUUAAUUAUAUAGCGACGCUUCGCACAGCUGGUUUACAGAUGCCUUACUCUGACUCGUAUCUUCCUCGAAGAGAUUUCUCAUGCUAUCCGAAAGAUAUGGAACAGGAACUAGCAGCUGUCGAAGUUCAACUAGAACAAGACUUGGAAAUUGCUCGUAAGCGCACCAUUGGGACGCGCAUUGAUCAACUUAACAAGGAUUAUGAGCAAUUAUCGAAAGAGCUUUCGAUUUUACAUAAAAACGUUAAAAAUCUAUCAGUUUGCGCUCCAUUGCAACCAAAAACACGAGCAGUCAUCCUGCAAGCAUACAAAAAGUUAGAAUCGAAGAUCCAAUCAGUAUAUUUGGACAUGAAAAAGAUUGAAACGCAGCUGAAGAUUCUGGAAUUUGAAUUUCAAGUCGAUCAAUCUCCUAAUCACAUUAAGUCUGUGAAAAACCAGUGCUCGUCAAAACAUGAUUGUCAUAUUACGGAAACAGGAGCAAAAGAUACCGUUACUGAUGAAGAAGGUUCUUUCGUAUCAAUCGUUUCCAGCAGUCCAACACCGUCUGAUACUAAGGAGUUUGAAUGGGAUGAUAAGUAUGGAAAUGAGGACUCAAAUAAGGAAGGUGGAAAAAUUAAUGAGAGAAGCACACCAGAAGAUUUAAAGUUAAGCUCGAAAACGAACAGUCCUAAAAAACUAAAUGCUCUGAAGCUACAAAUUAGCAAUCAUCAAAAUGAUUUAGAUGAUACAGCUAGUCUAGGUUCUGUUACUACGUGCUUUGACUACUGGCAACCUUUUGAAGAAAAUGAAGUUUUUUCGCCUUAUCCAAGUCCAACAAGACAAGAAACUCUUCACCACGACUUAGAAGAGAGUUUCUACGACCCAAUGACGGAUUUAUCAAGAUGGAACUCUGGAGCAUCUCAUGAAAGAGGAACAUGAAAUCAUUAGUUUUUUUAUUUUUUUUUUGUUUAAUCUUUUAUUUUAUGAUAGUAGUAAUGAGUAAAUUUAUGAGAAAAACUAUAAACAUAUAGAAACCGACAUUCUUUUGUUGAUGUAGUUACGGGUUCAAUUAAGUAUUCUAUUUAAUCAAAGAUUAUUAUCAAUAAAUAUAGCCAAAC